CGACAGCAAUUACUUUAGUCUGAAACUGUUAGGAGACAGAAAAUCUCAACAUUCAAUUAAUCUGUCUGUUUAAUAUAUGGGACAUAUGUUCAACAGAACAAUUCACUGUGAUGUAAAAAAAAUAUUCCAGGUACUUCUGAGUACAGGAUAAGAUCCCUCGCUUUACCAGGUUUAACAUUACAGGAGAUGCUUUCUGAUUCCUGCAGUGGUGUGCUAUGCAGUGUAUGUGGGCUUUAUUCAGUAUAAACUUUGAGGAAGGGGUGCAGAUCCCACAACAAAAAAUAUCUACAAUUAAGGGGAAAUUACAGAGCAAUCAUGCUACCUCCAAACAGCUGUAAAGCUUUGGCUGGCUUGAAAUAACUUUUCUCCCACAACCAGCAGCUCUCCCAGGCUGUUGAGCACUCACCACCCUGUUGCCGCUUACCCUUCCACCCACCCACUCCUCCCCCUUGGCAAAAUAUCAGAAAGCCUACUUUGAUAUUUUUUAAACCACGGAAGCUCUGGACUGCAGAACGAGCUGCAACAGAGAUCCAGGCGUGGCUAUAAAUGUCACACUUCAGAGCACUGCAAAGCACUUCCAGCAAUGGCCAUGCAUAUUCCUGCAGAUCUGGGUUCCUGCAGUGGUGGCCCAAGGAAAGCGACUGCUGUUGACUAAACGUAUGCUGCCCAUAUGUUGGAUGCAUCAGCUGGCAGGGGGCGUAAGAAAAGCUGUGGUGGCUGCAGCUUCCUUUCUCUCCCAUCUGGCAUGGGCACAGUGAGGAAGUAUCAGUGGGUGCCAAAUUAAAGAAGAGGAUAAACAAAGAUAAGCACCCAUGCAAGGGUGAAGCCAUUUCGGAAGCGAUGGUGGUAAUUCAAAAAGUCUUUAGUGAUCGCUUCAGGCUUCACUUCCCAGACCUUUAUUCUUCUAAGCAAAGUUUAUUCUUUCACAUGAUGGACUCUGUUAACUAUACACGCACAAAGUUCUUGUAUAACUAACCUGAACCUUCGACUUUAAAUGCUGUGCUGAGUCCCUUACAAGCCCCCUUUCUCUUGAGGCAGAAGGUACGUUAUAUUCGGUAAUGGAGCAGAACAACAACAACGUAGAAGAUUUCUCCUUGAAUGUCUUUUCUGUCACUCCUUAUCAGCCAAACAGAUCCGAUGUCCUGGUGUCAGAUGGAGAUAAAGCCGGCGCCACUUUGCUCUUUUCAGGUGUGUUUUUGGGACUGGUGGGGAUCACUUUCACCGUGAUGGGAUGGAUAAAAUACGAUGGCGUUACUCACCUGGAAUGGACUCAGUUACUGGGGCCUAUUCUGCUGUCUGUCGGGGUGACCUUUGUUCUGAUUGCUGUUUGUAAAUUUAACAUGCUUACAUGCAAGCCCUGUAAAGAAAGAGAGGAAAAUAUGUCAGACCUCGACCAGACUGCAAAUGGACAGUCCUUUGUCUUCACCGGCAUUAACCAGCCUAUAACUUUUCAUGGUGCCACAGUGGUACAGUACAUCCCUCCGCCAUACCCAGCCCAGGAAGGCAUUGCUGUGAGUCCUGGCUACCUUCACCCGGUGCUCAGCUGCUGUGGUGCUGUUUCCUCCAGCGCUUCACCGAUUCCCAGCCCGGGCUCUGCCCAUUUCUGCCCUGCCUACCCCCUGGAUAACCCAGCUUUUAUCGGAGACGAGAACUACACUGCAUAUCCUGCAGAGAAUACCAGGAGUCGGAGGUCAGAGGACAGUUCUGAUGAGCCAGAAGAACUGCUGGAGGACUACACCUGUGAUGACUUGUCACCUCCACGUUAUGAGGAAAUAUACCCACUGUCUUCGUAAAAUAACCAUGGAUGACAGGCGACAAUUCUAAGAGAUGCUGGUUUUUUAAUCCCCAAGGAUCUUUUCUUUAAACACUUUCAUGAUAAGCAAGUGUGAGCAAGAUCUUGGUACUGACACACUGUUCAGUAUCACUGAGUAUAUUAAACCAAUCCCUUCUUUUCAGCCUGAAAAUUCAUUAGCCCUUUGCUAUGCAGUUUAAUAGCAAAGCUAUUAAUUAUUUAAUAUCAAAACUAUAAAUGGCAAAGUUAUUAAAGUCAAGGAUCUAAAUCCCUAUUAGGGUUCCGCAACAAGAAGCCUGAUUUUUCAUACUUCUGUGAAUGUGAAUGCACAAGAUGUUUGUGGAAAGUUAUGAUUGCUCCUGGACAUUCAGCAUCAUUAGAAAACACUUGAUUUAUUCUUGAUAUAUUUUCCCUCUUGGUUGCUUGGGCAGCUUCAGAAGUGCUCAAGUGACUGAUCCAUGCAAGUGUCUAUAAUGGCUUAAUUCUGUCUGAUUCCUUAGACUAGCUCACUCUAUUAAUAAGCCCAGUCUACAGAUUAGACUUCCUCGGCUUGGUUCACCUGUACAACCCAGUCCUGUAGGCAUUUUUGGAGUAACCCAGAACAUUUUUACACAGACCUCUGAAGAGAUCCUGUAUGCAUCAGAUUCAGUUCCCUUCCCCAUCUGAUGGGAUGCAAAACACUGUCUCCCACCAGGAGUCCUAACAACUACAAGGUUAACGUCCCUAAAGAAAUGGCACCUUUCUGAAGCCUAGACAGAGGUGUGUGGGUCCUACCAGUUUUAAGGGCUUUAACAAUCACAGCUUCUCUGUGCUGCACCCACACUGCCUGGGAGAUCUGUGGUGGAAAACCUCCUGAGGUCCCUUCUUGUUUGAAUGUGUGUCCUAGGCACACAACUCAGGCUGUAGGUUUCCCCAGAGCACCCAGGCAACUAUGGGCUGCAGUGAAGUUUCUUGUUCAACUUUCAAGAUCAACAUCAUUCUAGGCACAGUACCCACAAAUGGAUUUACAGUUGUAUCUAAAAAAGGAUGAGGUGCAUAAGCCCAAAAAUCUUGCAAUCCAGAAUGAAGGUCCCAAAAAGCUUUGCUCAGGAGCUCUCUAAACCCCAGAGCAAUGAGAAUGCUGUGAGUCCUUUCAUUUUUAUUUUGUAUUUCCACAUGUGCUUCAAGUUCUGCUUUUGAGUAUGCCUAGAAGUACCCUGACACAGCUGGACCAGUCAGUAUGUCCCUAUGCAAGAUCCCAUCAGUUUUGCCUCUCUCUCUCAAAGGGCUCAAACCAAGAGUUGUUCUCAGCCCACAUCUGCUGGAGCAGGCACCACGGAAAACAAUCUAGAGGGCAGUGGUCACCAUCCAAAGUAACCGAGUGGUAUGCUGCUGGUGUGCCUGCGGGCAAGUCUCCUGGGCUGGAACAGCACGGCUAAAAGCAGAUAUCCAUUGUGGGAUGCAUGAACUUCCUCUUAGUUGCCAACAGAGCUGUCUCAGCUCCUGCCAGUUGUCAUUGAUCUGUGAUUGAUCUCAUGGGUGUCAUUCCUGAGGGCUGGAGAAGCCUAGUGUAGAGCAAGUGCAGGCGGUACAGGAUGCACCCGUCAGCUGGACGUCACUGAGUGUCCAUGCAGCCUCACUAGCAAUCAGGAGACAUAGCUCUGGAUGAAGAGGUGCAUUCCAAACAUCAUCCACUUGCAUGGAGCUGCAGGUGCGCACAGACCUUCCUGUCCUGUAUACUUAGAGGGUGCCAAGAAAUAAAGCCUUUUUGGAAGGACAAAAGACAGCAGCUGUGCUCCACAGUGAUGGACAUGACACUGACAGAGGUCAUAUUUGGGACACAACAUUUAAACUGACUCAAAGCUGGAUCAGCAACUGCAGCAGCAGCUACUGGACAGUGACUACAAGCUAUGUGCAAGGUUUUUCUUACUAGAGAAAUAUGGGGCAUGCUGAUUUUCAGCAGCGAUGGCCCGGUGUUACCAGGUAGGCAUGUGUAGUUGGAGAAAGGCAGCCGCUCCGUGUUCAGCAUGAUCUCUACGGGAUUGAGUGAGAGAACAGAAGAUCUAAAAAUAAAUGUAUGUUUCUUUUAUGGAAAUGUCUUGCUCCUCUUCCAGAAUUUACACAGAGGUGAACCCAUCCUCCCUCCACAGCAGGAAACCAGAAGGUCCCAAAUCCCCAGUUAGUUCCACAUGGACAGAUCUCUGCACUUAGCACGUAGUUCUGCUGACUCCAGCAAGCACUGCAGGAGACAGAGGUCAGGCUUGAUGGAUCCAGCUGCAGAACCAGGGUCAAAAUUUCUACCCAAUCACCCUCCCCCACAACAAGAAAAUUCCUUCACUCAGAAACCACAGACUUUUGCUGCUGCUCUUUCUUCUUUUUUUUUUUUUUUCCCAAAUAUGUGGCAUAAGCAUGUUUCUAGGGGUAAUCAUAGCUUUAUUAUUAUGACAUCAAAUUGUACUGCCAGAGUAAAUAUGAGAAAUCUAGCAGGUUGCACUGUAGACUCCAUAUUGGUUUUAACAUAUACUUUGGUAAGACACUAAGUUCACUGAAAGAGGCCCUUUUUUAGAGAGAAGGCUGAAUACGUAAAUUUAAAUAACUACGUAUUAAAAUGGCUUUGUCCUAUCAAAUGAAUUCUGUCUGAAUUCUGUAGGAAUCUUUUCAUGCUGCACAGAUAUCUGAGAAGAUCCAGUCUGGUGGCAUUUCCUUGCUACAAUGAUUGCUGGUUAUUAUUUUUAAGAACAGAGCACUAUUCUAUGAAGGCUUUUCUUCCUCCUCUUCCUUCCACCUUCUGUUUCAAUAAUUUUUUUAUCUUUGUGGGUUUUUUGCUUUUGUUACUGUAUCCUCAGUGACAUACCCACCACACGAAUUCACCGCUCCAUAUUAUGAUCUCUUUCUUCCCUAUGAUGAAUGAAAGAAUGAACCUAUUUGGCCAGACCUUCAACCAAUGUUAACCGACAGAGUUCUGCUAGAUUAUACUGAUUUAACUCUUCAGAGCAUCUGGAAUAUUGUGUUUGAGAUUUUGCUCAAUCUGCUUUUCAUUUAAACUAGUGCUCUAAGCAACGUUACCUUCUCCUACAUUGCCUGCAGUGCUACUGCAGACCUGCAGAAUGAUCCAUCUGGAAUUCUAGCCACAAUGACAGAAUGUUGUCAGAGGUAUUCAGCUAUGUAACACUGAAUGGGUUAUUGGGAUUUUUUCCUAAUAUGACUCCUUUUAUAAGAUAUUGUCCAUAAGCUGUUUAACAUAUGAAAUGGGCAGAGACACGUCUAUCGGUAUGAAGCUGAGCACAAUCUGUUCGUUGCAGUAAAAAUUCUGCACAGAGUUGCCCUAAGGUGAAGGAGGUAUUUCAAAACACUAAAUGCCCCAUGCCGAAUGCAGCAUCAGAGUGCGAACUUCUUUUCAUCUAAAUCUGUCUGUUCUUUAACAUCGGUGCUGCCGUAUCUGUGAGGAAGGAAAGGAAUAUAUGGGUCAAGGUUUACUUUGCUUUGGUCUCGUAGUGCUUUCUCACAAGAGCCUGACUUCACCAGCGGUACCUCUUUCUGCCGCUGAUGCUCCCGUGCAAGCGCCUGCGCACCCAUUCCCAGCAGAGAGCCCCUGCGCGCGGGCGACCCAGCCCAGCAGUGAUGAAGUCGUUCGAAGAGUUACUUUAAAACUGAAUCGGGAUUUAGGAAAUUGGGGUCUCGGGAAAAAAAGUAAACCUGUAAGUAGGGCGCGUUCCUUCCCGAGAGCCCUAGUGACGCACACGGCAGGCCUUCGGUGCCGGGGUCCCCGCGGGAUUCUCGGGGACGCUGCACCGCGCC